CCUGAGCUCUGCCUCGGCCGCCGGAGACGAUGGGGAAGAAGCAGGUGGUGGGCGAGCCUCAGGUACCAUUGAGCUGCUGUGGCUUUCGCCUUCUGUUGAGCCGUCCUGGCUUUGAGGGGCUUAGAGUUGCGGUUUCUAGAUGGGCGAGCUUCCUCCACGAGCCCUUCCGCCUGUGCCAAGAUGAUAUUCCACUUAGUCAUCCUAAGAAAAAGAAAUCCAGAACAAAAAGCACACUAGCUACGUCUUCUUCGGAAGGCCUUGCUGAGCCUGCUGCUAACAGGUGGUCCGAGAGCAGUGAGCCUUCCGCUGCGGAACCCAAAGCCUACCCAGAAGCUCCUGUUCAAAGGAGACAGAAGAAGAUAAGACCACCUCCCGAGCCGGAGACUUCCUUCACUGAAAAGCCACCCGGUCCAUCCUUACUGCGGAAUGAAAAUGGCAUUGAUGUGGAGCCUCGUGAGGAGGCGGUCCUUCCAAAACCUCGAAGAAAGGCAAAGAGAACCCAGCCAGCGGAACUGCAGUAUGUGAAUGAGCUGGGAGUAGAAGAUGAAGACAUAGUGACAGAGGAGCAAAGCGCCCUGGAACAGCAGUCUAGGUUCACGGCACCCACUGGCAUUAGCCAGCCUGUUGGCAAAAUAUUCGUGGAAAAAAGCCGGAGAUUUCAGGCAGCGGACCGUUCAGAGUUGAUAAAGACCACAGAAAACAUAGAUGUGUCGAUGGGCACGAAGCCGUCCUGGACCACGCGCGAUGUAGCACUUUCCGUACACCGAGCUUUCAGGGUGGUUGGUCUGUUUUCCCACGGCUUCCUGGCUGGCUGUGCUGUGUGGAAUGUCGUCGUCAUCUACGUUCUCGCGGGAGAGCAGCUGUCGAACCUCUCCAGCCUUGUGCAGCACUACAAGCCCUUGGCGUAUCCGUGCCAGAGCCUGCUGUACCUGCUGCUGGCUCUGAGCACAGUCUCAGCCUUUGACAGGAUUGACCUUGCUAAGACAUCAGUAGCAAUCCGGAACUUCUUAGCCCUGGAGCCAACGGCUUUAGCCUCUUUCCUGUACUUUACUGCUCUAGUGCUAUCUCUGAGUCAGCAAAUGACAAGUGACAGAAUCCACCUUUACACACCUCCCGUUAAUGGGAGCCGCUGGGCAGCAGAAAUUGAGGAACAGACUCUCAUGCCGUGGAUCAUAGUGAACUUGGUGGUGGCCCUUCUGGUUGGAUUAUCCUGGCUUUUUCUGUCUUACAGGCCAGGCGUGGAUCUCAGUGAAGAGCUAAUGUUCUUUUCUGAUGUGGACGAAUACUCUGAAAAGAGAAUCCAAGCACCUUCAUAGUGCCGACCCCCUUCACCACAGUGAAGGCCUCCAAGACCCCAAGAGAAGAGCCGCAGUAACCACCUGCAUUUCCCUGCUCUUGUUUUUAAGUGUAUUUUUAUAAGAUAUGUGUAUGUGUAUUUAUAAUUGAGCUUUUGUUAUAUAAUACUGAAAUGCUUCUGGAGAUUAUGAAAAAUGUUUAAAUUAUAUCUUUAUACUAAGCAUUACUUUCCAUAUUACUAUCCCUUUAGUGAUACAGGAGAUAAUGGGCUAAAAAAAAGGCAGGUGAAUGUUUUUGUUUCCUGUUCUCACAGAUUUGCUAUAUUCAUGAUCAUUAUCAAAAAAGUGCCAAUGUAGAAAAGCCCUAACUUCAGCAUCAUAAGAUAAUAUACAUCACGUUUAAGUGUAAAUUUAGAGACGAGGGUAGAAGGGAAAAUGCCUUCAUUUUAUAUUUUUGACAUUUUACUGAGCACACUGCAGUAUAUAAUGUGUGUUUUCUGAAUCUGCCCAGGGUUGUGUAUCAUGUAAUAAUUAUGUUGUCAUUUGAAUUGAAAUAUGCUUUACUUUGUGGAUAAUAAAACAAAUGUAUCUCUUUGAAAAGCUUUAUAAACAGAAGAUUUUUCCUCUUUAAA